AUGAGUAUGACAACACCGGUUUCCUAUUUGUUCUUUUCUUUCUUUUUUCCUUUUUGUUCUUUUCUUUCUUUCUUCCUAUUUGUUCUUUUCUUUCUUUUUUCCUUUUUGUUCUUUUCUUUCUUUCUUCCUAUUUGUUCUUUUUUUUUUUUUUUUUUUUUUUUUUUUUCUUUCUUCCUAUUUUUUGUUCUUUUUUUUUCUUCCUUUUUGUUUUUGUUCUUUUCUUUCUUCCUUUUUGUUCUUUUCUUUCUUUUUUCCUUUUUGUUCUUUUCUUUCUUCCUUUUUGUUCUUUUCCUUCUUCCUUUCUGUUCUUUUCUUUCUUCCUUUCUGUUCUUUUCUUUCUUCCUUUUUGUUCUUUUCUUUCUUUUUUCCUUUUUGUUCUUUUAUUUUUCUUCCUUUUUUUUCUUUUAUUUUAAUAUUUUAUUUUUUGUUUCUUUUCUUUUUUCCUUUUUGUCCUUUUGCUUCUUUCUUUCUUCCUCUUUUUUGUUCCUUCCUUCUUUCUUUCUCUAUUCACCUUUUUUGUUCUUUUCCUUUAUUCCUUUUUCUUUUCCUUCUUUUUUCCUCCCUCUAUUUUCUUUUCUUUUUCCUUGUACUUCCCCUCUCUUUUUCUUUAACUUAUCUUUAAUUGUCCUCUUCUUUCUCACUUCUCUGUUAUAUUUUGUUGUCAUUUUCUUUAAUCUUUCUCUCUUUCUCUUCCCCUCAUUUUUUUUCUCUCUUCCUCUUCAUCAUAUUAUCUAUCUCUUUCUUUCCAUUUAUCACUCCUCCUCUUUUCACAGAUCUCUUACCAUCAACUCCAUUAACAUUUUUCUCUUUGUCUCUCAUUUUCUGAUUUUACUAUUUUCCCUUCUUUUAUAUUUCAUCUUUCUCUACCCUACCCAUUCAUUCUGUCUCUACCUCUUUUUCACUUUCUUUUAUUCUUUACACAUUUCUCCUCCCACCUGUAUCUUUCUUUCUUUUCUUUUUUUUUUUUUAAUUAUGUCUGUUAUUCUUCAUUUUAUUCUCUUAUUUAAAUCUUUCCCUCCAUUUUUUCCUUCUUUUUUUCAUUUCUGUUUCUUCUACUCAUCUUCUUUCUUUGCCUUUCCUUCCAUGUUUAUCUUCUUUUUUUGCUUCCCUUCACUUUCUCCACACAUUCAUUCAUUCAUUAACACAGUAACACAAGGUCCAAAUAAAAACACAGCCGCUGCAUGA